AUGAAAAGACGAAGAAAUGUGGCCACAAGAAAGCUGCGAAUCGCGUAAGAGAUUUUGUGCUAAGGUUUAGAGGCGUGUUGAAUGGUCUUCUAGAAAGUUAUUAGUAUUUAUAGUAUUUUUAAAGGUCUUGUGUUAGAAACUAGGGGGAAAAUAUUUAUUUUUGGUAAGCUUUGAUCGAAAACAGUUAAUGUUGGUGUUGAUGUCUAAUAUUUUGAAUAUUAGCUAUUUUAAAAUAAUAUUUUCAGACUAGUGUCCGAUUUCUUUUGUCCAAACACUGGCGGAGUAGAAACACAUAUUUAUCACUUGGGAGGAUGUUUGUUGAAGAAAGGGCAUCAUGUUAUAGUACUGACUCACGUCUACGGCGAACGGAAAGGCAUAGUAUAUCUGUCAAACGGUCUCAAAGUAAGUAUAUUUGUUGUUUUUUUUUCAUUUAUAGAUACUGUGCGUUAUAAGUAUUUAACUACACUUGUGUUUGGAUUUCACUGAUACGCGUUUCUUCAAAAUGGAGAUUUGUUACCUAAAAUUGUAUGUUUUAGGUAUAUCACAUUCCCUUCUUUUCUGUCACAGGACAAUUUGUACUCCCUUCAGUGUGGGGCUCUGUCGUCGCGUAUAGAAAGAUUUUCCAUGAUGAACAGAUUGAUAUUGUUCAUGGUCAUUCAGCGUUCUCUCCAAUGGCUCAUGAGGCCAUGCUUCAUGGUUGGAGCUUGGGGUUGAAGACCGUCUUUACAGAUCAUUCAUUGUUUGGAUUCUCGGACAUGGCUGCCAUCUUCCUCAAUAGGUUGUUGUUGAGGUACUCGUUGCCUAAUAUCGACCGGUCGAUUUGUGUUUCGAACGUUUGGUAAGGUUUCAAUCUUUUUUUUUGGAUAGGGUUGUGCACGAUGCAUGUUUUGACCAAAAAUAGAUGUUAUAAUUGUUUUAGCAAGGACAAUAUUGUGCUCCGUGCUGGUCUCAACCGUCAUAAUGUCUCCGUCAUUCCGAAUGCCAUCGAUGCCAAACGUUUUUUGCCUUCGAAAGAGCCUAAAACUGGACCUCUGACCAUAGUCAUAGUAUCUCGACUGGUGUAUCGGAAAGGCGCGGAUUUACUGGUUCAGGUAAGUUAUUUAAAUAAAUCAGCUUUAUAUCUUUAAAAUUUGAAAACUUCGAAAUAAUCACUAGCUUAUUUAAAUUUUCCAAUAUGAUUUUAGGUUAUCCCAAGGAUAUGCGAGUUACAUCCGGAUGUCCGAAUAAUCAUUGGAGGGGAUGGACCGAAAAGAAUUGAUCUGGAGGAAAUGCGCGAGAUCUACAGUCUGGAAGAUCGAGUAGAGAUGCGAGGAAUGUUACCACACAACAAGGUCAGGGACGUACUGAUUGAAGGUGACAUCUUUUUGAACUGUAGCCUCACAGAAGCCUUCUGUGUAGCCAUCGUUGAAGCGGCAAGCUGUGGACUUCAUGUGGUUUCGACUGCUGUUGGUAAGUAUUUAUAUUAUUGUAGUCAAUUACGAUCAAUGUGUACGUUAAGAAUAAAAAUUAAAUAUCUAAUUAUUGUAGGAGGCGUGCCAGAAGUGUUACCCCCAGAGUACAUAACUUUGGCCAAACCAGAAAUUGACGACAUUGUCCAAGCGUUGUCCUCUGCCAUCGUAAGGAAACAAAGAAACGAGUUUCUGGACAGGAUAACAUUACACCAUGCGAUCAGAAGGAUGUACAGAUGGGAAGACGUAGCUGAGAGAACUGAACAAGUGUAUAUGAAGACGAUACAAGAGGAUAAGGUGGUUAAAGGUCAACGACUGAGGAAGUAA